GAGGCGCAUGGCGCGGCGGGGCUGGGGCCGCAUCCCCGGGCCGCGCGCGGCGGCCUUCCCGGAGGCGGCGGCCGAGGACGACGCGUUCCUGCCCGGGCCCUCCGCGGUGUCCGCGUUCUUCGGCAUCACAUCCCCGACGCCCCACAGACGUGUGCGGCUCUUCCGCGGCAGCGUGCAGGACUGGGGCCGCCAGGCAUGGGCCGGCGAGGAGGACACUCUUCGACACCCCCCCAGCAGAUGCGUGAGCUUGGAGGCAGAAAAUGGGCCGACACCAUCCCCCGGCCGCAGCCCCCUGGACUCGCAGGCGAGCCCGGGGCUCCUGCUGCACACUGGGACAACCAGCAGCCAGCGCAGAGAGUCCUUCCUCUAUCGCUCAGACAGCGACUAUGACAUGUCACCCAAGACUAUGUCCAGGAACUCAUCUGUCACCAGUGACGCGUAUGUCGAAGACCUCAUUGUGACACCGUUUGCCCAGGUGCUGGCCAGUCUCCGAAGCGUUCGAAGCAAUUUCUCACUCUUAACCAAUGUGCCCAUCCCCAGCAACAAGCGGUCCCCCCUGGCUGGCCCACCCUCUGUCUGCAAGGCCACGCUGUCAGAGGAGACGUGCCAGCAGCUGGCCCGGGAGACCCUGGAAGAGCUGGACUGGUGUCUAGAGCAGCUGGAGACCAUGCAGACCUACCGCUCCGUCAGCGAGAUGGCCUCGCACAAGUUCAAGAGGAUGCUGAACCGUGAACUCACACACCUGUCGGAAAUGAGCAGGUCAGGAAACCAGGUCUCAGAGUACAUUUCCACAACAUUCAUGGACAAGCAGAAUGAGGUGGAGAUCCUGUCACCCACACUCAGACAGAGAGCCUCCCAGCAGCCCCCGCCAAUGUCUCAGAUCACAGGGUUGAAGAAAAAGCUGGUGCACACCGGAAGCUUGAACACCAGCAUCCCACGAUUCGGAGUCAAGACAGAUCAAGAGGACCUCUUAGCACAAGAACUGGAGAACUUGAGCAAAUGGGGCCUGAACAUCUUUAACGUGUCGCAGUACGCCGGAGGCCGCUCGCUCAGCUGUAUCAUGUAUACGAUCUUCCAGGAGCGGGACCUGCUGAAGAAAUUCCGCAUCCCUGUGGACACGAUGGUGACUUACGUGCUGACCCUGGAGGACAACUACCACGCUGACGUGGCCUACCACAACAGCCUGCACGCCGCUGAUGUGCUGCAGUCCAUUCACGUGCUGCUGGCCACGCCCGCCCUGGACGCCGUGUUCACAGACCUGGAGAUUCUUGCUGCCCUCUUUGCUGCUGCCAUCCACGAUGUGGACCACCCUGGCGUCUCCAACCAGUUCCUAAUCAACACCAAUUCGGAGCUGGCGUUGAUGUACAACGAUGAGUCUGUGCUUGAGAACCACCACCUGGCUGUGGGCUUCAAGCUGCUGCAAGAAGACAACUGCGACAUUUUCCAGAACCUCACCAAGCGCCAGCGACAGAGCCUGCGCAAGAUGGUCAUCGACAUGGUGCUGGCCACAGACAUGUCCAAACACAUGACCCUCCUGGCUGACCUGAAGACUAUGGUGGAGACAAAGAAAGUGACCAGCUCCGGAGUUCUCUUGCUGGACAACUACUCCGACCGUAUCCAGGUCCUCAGGAACAUGGUGCACUGCGCAGACCUCAGCAACCCUACCAAGCCCCUGGAGCUGUACCGACAGUGGACCGACCGCAUCAUGGCGGAGUUCUUCCAGCAGGGCGACCGGGAGCGGGAACGUGGAAUGGAGAUUAGCCCCAUGUGUGACAAGCACACCGCCUCUGUGGAGAAGUCUCAGGUGGGCUUCAUCGACUACAUUGUUCACCCGCUGUGGGAGACAUGGGCGGAUCUCGUCCACCCCGAUGCCCAAGAUAUCCUGGACACACUGGAAGACAACCGGGAUUGGUAUCACAGUGCCAUCCGGCAGAGCCCCUCCCCGCCCCCAGACGAGGAGGAGCCGGGAAGGCUUGACCACCCGGCCCCACCUGACAAAUUCCAGUUUGAGCUCACCUUGGAGGAGGAGGAGGAAGAGGAUUCAUUGGAGCUUCCAGGAUUGCCUAGAGCUGAGGAAACCUUCCUGGCUCCAGAUGACCCUGCAGCUCAGGCAAUGGAACCAUCAAAGGUCAAAGACCAGAGCAUUGCGGUGGUGGAUGCAGAAGACAGUUGGAAGCAGGGGGCAGUCUGGGCUUGUGAAGAGGCUGAGGGAGCUUUGGGCUCCUUCAGCCCUGGAACCCCCACUCUGCCUGACUUGAGGACCCCGUCCCCCUCGGAGGAGGCCUGGGGCCUCUCGGGCCUCCCCUCCACGGCAGCAGAGGUGGAGGCCCCCAGGGACCAGCUGGCUGCCUCGAGGGCUUGUUGCGCCUGCUCUGGGACAUCAGGGGACAAUUCUGCCAUCACCUCGGCUCCAGGCAGGUGGGGGUCGGGUGGAGACCCCACCUGAUCCCUGAUCCCCCCAUCCUGAGGUCCUCCCUCCUCCCCAUGCACUCCACUCACCGAGACCACCUCAACAACUCCUGGCCCUCCCCAGAAAAAAGAAAACAGAAAAGUGGGGGGUUUUCUCUUUUCUUUUCUUUUUUUUAACCCUUCCCCCCUGCCCUUACCCACAGGGCCUUUUUGUUGAGAUACGGGGUAUGGGGAGCCAGGAACUGAAGUCCCCCCAAAAAGGGAUUUUAUUUUUUGAAUUUUAAUUGUAACGUUUUUAGAAAAAGAACAAAAAGAAAAAAAAAAAGAAUGAAACACAGCAACUGUAGACGUACUGCCCGUCCCCACUCCUGGUCCCCCUCUUGCCCACCUCAACCCACAUCAUUGCCAACCUCAAGGCCAAGGCGCCAUCUUCCUGCCUCCUGAGACUCGGGCCUAGGCAGGGCCCUGCCUUUGGGCUGUUCUGGGCUUCAGAGGGAAUGGAGAACCCGUUGGGGAGGGCGCCACGGAGCGGCUGGGCCAUAGCGGGACCCUUCUCCCUGGCUCUCCGUCCGCUCCCACGAAGUCUUCCAUCUCUUCUCUUUUUAUUUCUUUUCUCUUUUUUUGUACAAUCCUGGCCCCGUGGCUGAAGGGGUGGUCAGAGGAGCUGUUGCUUUAAGAUCCGGGGACUCUUGGUUUGGCCCCCUCCACCAGCCUCAGCCUGGGGUCUAAGGUCUCGAUUCCCUUUUCCCUGGUCCACUUUGGGGCACUUUAAAUUAUCUCCGUUGGAGGAAGGGGGCUCUGUUCCAUGCGCACAAACACAUCCCCCUUCCAGCUGCUUCUUCCUCUUGUCUCUGCCUUAAAGAUUCCUGGGGCCGUAGGUGAAGUCUCCGCGGCUGGCUCCCUGGCCGGGCCCAGCCCACAGUCCCCUCUUCCAGCGUGGACGCUCCCUUCCCAGCAGCCACUCAUCCACCCUUCCAGAGCGUCGCUCCGCUCCCCCAGGCUCUCCCUGCCCUAGGAGGAAGCAAUAAUGGCGUGUGCCACAUCCUCCGACCUGGGCAGCCCUCUCCUUCCCGGCCCCCACCUCCACCAGACUGAGCCUGUCCCCCUCCCGCCGCCACAGGUCGUCCCUAAGCAAUACAGAUAAAGGCCAUCUUCUCCAAGCCAUGGGGUGAGGGGACUUGUAAACAGGAAUGACCCUAUUUCCCCCCUGCCGCACGGAACCAGUCUGCCACAGGGCCGUGGGCCGGGAGCCGUCCACCAUCCCUUGCCUGUCCUGUUGCGGCUCUGUACCGUACUGUAGCCCCCCCCCCCCCCCCCCCCAGCCGUCCAUCUGUCUGACCCACCAACCCGCGAUGCUUACGGGGUUUUUGUUUACUACGAGAGUAAUUUCUGUCCCACUUGGUGAUGAGAACAGGCCUCCUUCCUUUCGUGGGUGGGUUUUCUUUCUUUCUUUUUUGUACAUACUGUAAGGUUGGUAUAUAAAUUAUUCUACUGAGACAAAACGGGAGAACGAACCUGCCUUCCCCUGGUUGACCCCCCCGGGAAGGUGAGGAAGGGGACUUCUCCAGAGAGAGACAACCCUUCCUGCUGUAUUAUAAGAGCCAUACCGUAUUCCCUGAACGGAGGGGAGGACACGCCACGCCGACAGUUCGUGGGGAAUUGUCAUAACCGAGGAGGAGCAAGGGCUGAGCCUAGCUUGUACCCCGUCUCCUUCUCCGAGAGCCCAGGAUGGGGUAAGAGGACUGGCCAAGACCGCUGGACUCAGUCUUCUCCCUCCGCCGGGGUGGGUGCGGGACCUGAGAGCUGCCUAUACGUUGUCCGCCUCCACCGUUGAGCAACUGGUCUUCGAUCUUGUCCCUGAUUAAAGUGAGGCUGUCACCGACGUCA